UCAAGCAUGAGUGAAAAUAUAGAAAAUAUUUUACCUUCUUGGGAAGCAGAAGCAUUUAUCCAAAAUUUACAUCCAAUUGAACUUGAUGAUGUUGGUACAAAACGCUGGUUUGAACAUCAUAAAAAAUUGAUGCUUUUAAACCAACAAAGUGUGUUUGAAGUAAAUAGUUUAAGAGAAGAAAAUAUAAAAGAGUGGUUUGUUAGCUUCAACAAAAUACCUGUCCUCGUUGUUGAAGCCAUUCAAAUAAUGAUUUGGAAACAAAAAGUUUUUCCUAUAAUGAUUGAUUUACACAAAGAACCAGCUAAUACUUUCAUUUUGUUUAGCGUAUUUUAUCAUGAAGAUACAGUUGUUUCACUUCUUGAAAAUGUAAUGUAUCAUAGUGAUAGUGUAGAAACAAUGGAUGAAUCUGUCAUUGAUUUAAUAGAUUAUGCCGUAAAUUAUCUUACUAAACUUUUAUAUUCAAAUAAAAAAGAAAUUAAGGAAAAUCCUGAUUCUUGCUUACAAGAAUUAUUAGAAAAAAAAGACCAAAUUGAAUUUAGCAUUGGAAUGAGAUCCAUUUCCAUACUGCGUUAUUUGGCCGAAUUUGCUGAUCAACUACCUUUAUGUGCUCUAUCUCGUAUGUUGACUACCAACGAUGUACCAUAUUUAUUAUCUCAAUUGAUAGAACAUCAACCUUGGAAAAAAGAAAGUGAAGGCACAUGGAAAAUUUACAAUGGUAAAUGGGAAGAUAUUACUGACAAUGAUAAGGAUAAAAUAUGUAAAAUGGAAGGUCAAGCAUGGUUUGGUCUGAGAGAAUUAUUACUGAAUCCCAAAUGCGCACCUUAUUAUGAUAUUACAGAAUUUCGUAUGGCCCAGUUAAUAAAAUUACAGAAAUAUUUACAAGAUAAUGUCCUUGAUCAAUUAACACCAUUAAUUGACUUAAAAAGAUGGUUGGGUUAUCUGAACGUAUCCUCUCAAACACCAAAAGCUCCAAAACCCAUAAAUGUAGAGAUUAUCCCUGAGAUAAGUACUUCGAUUAGAGAAAAAUAUAACAAAAGAUGGAAAAGAUUAGCAGAACAUCAAGCUAAAACUCUAUUUACAACAGAUAUGGAGUAUGUUCAAAGUAUGGCUCAAAUUUUGAGCGAUGCUUAUGAUUUUGACAAAUUAGAUGUUAUCGAAUCUAAAAAAUGUGUUUGUAAGAAAGUUGCAAAACAUCGCUGUUCAAGAUGCAAAGAAGCAAGUUAUUGUUCUAGAGAAUGUCAAGUUAAAGAUUGGCCAAAGCAUAAAAGUCUCUGUGAAAGUAUAAUAAAGUCCAAAGCCAAAUUUUCAAAUGAUAGCAGUCUUGAAUAAUUAUAAUUGAAACUUUUUAUGCAUGCUUUACUCAUAAAUUAUU